AUGGGCGUUUUGCGCCGUCACCACCACCACCACCAAAGUACAAUCUCAUUUGCUACAAUAGCUUUUCUUCUACUUACUUCAGUUUCAGCUUUUAGCCUCAACCCUGCUCGUCAAUUCACUUUUGGUAUGAGAAAGAUCAAAGAGGAAGUGAUGGAGCGAGUUCUGAGUCGGAGGCGACUCGGUGGCCCAGGAUCAUCGCCACCCACCUGUAGAUCCAAGUGUGGAAAGUGUUUACCAUGCAAACCAGUGCAUGUUCCAAUCCAUCCAGGAUUCAGUAUGCCAUUAGAGUAUUAUCCAGAAGCUUGGCGCUGCAAGUGUGGCAAUAAACUCUUUAUGCCUUAG